GACGACGACGACAGCUAAAAAUCAUCAGCGGCAUUUUGUGUAUUGUCAUUAUCGGUUCGUUUCUCAGACAACAAGGAAUUAUUACUUGGAAAUGCGUACUCUUUCCGUGUAUAUUGCCUUUUUGGCAAUUAUUGCAAUAAAAGCAGAAGUAUUUUUGGAGGAAACUUUUGCUGACGAAAAGUCCCUUGAAAAUUGGGUACAAUCAGAACAUAAAGGAAUUGAAUAUGGUAAAUUUGUACUCAGUCAUGGUAGUUUUUGGAACGAUCCAGACAAUGACAAAGGUAUUCAAACUUCUCAGGAUGCCAGAUUUUACGCUUUGAGUCGAAAGUUUGAUAAAUUCAGUAAUAAAGAUAAGGAUCUUGUCAUUCAAUUUUCUGUGAAGCAUGAACAGAAUAUCGACUGCGGCGGUGGAUAUGCAAAAGUAUUUGACUGCUCUCUUGAUCAGAAGGACAUGCAUGGAGAAAGUCCUUAUCAUAUUAUGUUUGGACCUGAUAUUUGCGGUCCUGGAACCAAGAAAGUACAUGUAAUCUUCAGUUACAAGGGCAAGAACUAUCUCAUCAACAAGGACAUCAGAUGCAAGGACGAUGUUUAUACUCACUUUUACACACUAAUUGUUAAGCCAGACAAUACCUAUGAGGUCCUCAUUGACAACGCGAAAGUUGAAUCUGGAGAAUUAGAGGCUGACUGGGAUUUCCUUCCACCAAAGAAAAUUAAAGAUCCACAACAAUCGAAACCAGAAGACUGGGAUGAUAAAGAAAAAAUCCCCAACCCCGAUGACACGAAGCCUGAAGAUUGGGAUAAGCCAGAACACAUUCCAGAUCCAGAUGCCACCAAACCCGAAGACUGGGACGAUGAAAUGGACGGCGAAUGGGAACCACCAAUGGUCGAUAACCCAGAAUACAAGGGAGAAUGGAAACCAGAAGAAAUCGCCAAUCCAAAUUACAAAGGAGCUUGGGAACAUCCAAUCAUCGACAAUCCUGAAUAUACUUCUGAUCCUGAAAUUUACAAACGUGAUGAAGUUUGUGCUCUUGGAUUCGAUCUUUGGCAAGUUAAGGCUGGAACCAUUUUCGACAAUGUCCUCAUUACUGACGAUGUUGAGUACGCCAAGAAAGUCGUGGAUGAUUUAUUGAAUAAGACUAUUGAAGGUGAAAAGAAAAUGAAGGAAGAGCAGGAAAAAGCUGAGAAAGCUGUUGAAGAAGAAUCGAAGGAAAAUGCUAAAGACGAUGAAGAUGAGGAUGAUGACGAAGAUGAGGAUGACAAGAAAGACGAAGUAAAAGAUAAUGAAGUCGAGGAUCACGACGAAUUGUAAAUACGCUUGCUACAGUGGCGAAUCAGACUGUAUUCCAGGAGUUGCGCAGCCUACGUUUAUGCGCUAGCGCAAUGUAGGAAUAGACGAUAAUUACUCGAAACAAAAUAAUAUUGUUUCGAAGACUGGAGGAUUAAUCCUGGAUCCUUAAAAUUAACAUUCUUCGAGAAAAAAGAUAAUUUUUACGAUGUACAUUUUAUAUUUAAAACCUAAGACUCUCGGCAGAUUUUUCUUGUGCUAUAUAUUUAUAUAAAUAAAUAUUGAAAACCGAACGAUUUGAACCAAGUUUUAAUCGUUCGCUAUAUAAGCAAUAUUCCAACAUUGCUGCAUAUAAUUAUCGUCUUGCAGCAGCUCCCAAACUAAUAAGUUGUUCAGUUUUUGUUUGUCAAGUGUUUUAUAUUAUGAAAAAAAAAAUUAAAAGUGUAAUUUAAUAUCAAUAUAUAUAUAAAUAUAAAUAUAUUAUAAAUAAUUAUCUCAUCAUCCAUAAGCAGCAGUAAUGUAAAAGUGAGUUGAUGUGUGCAAACGUGUCUGAAUGAUAAAAGAAUAAUUAUGCAAAUUCAUCAUUAAAAAAAAAAAACCAUGUAAUGAUUAAAUAAAGAAGUCAGUUUUUUAGAUGACAUUUUGUUGAAACAA